GGUGAUCUGUCUUUCAGAGAUCAACUAUUCACUUCUAACUAGUAGCCUAUGAAUUCUGAGCGUUGAUAAUUUGGGAUUACUUAAUCAAAAUAAGUUUGCUGCUAGUAACGACAAAAGUUUAAGGGACAGAUGUUAAUACUCGACGGCAAAAGUAUCUACCUUUGUAACUGUGUCAUUCAUGUAUAGAGAUACGGUUUAGCCCGCGCCCGAGAAGGGAGGGGCUUACGCGAGACGGGCAGGAUACCGAAUCCACAGUGUGUUUAGGCGAGACGAGGGAAGCUCGUGGAAAAAGGGAUGAGAGGUGCGACUCUCGAUGUAGCGGACUAUCACUCAAACACCGGGAAGCUCGAAAAGUUGUGUGAAGUUUUCAGGCGGCGGACGAGUGUGUGGCUUUAACUUUUUCAGCCUUUAACAGACGAAAACAAACUAUUCCGUGUUUAUUUUUUUCUUUACUAAUAACAUGAAAAGAAGCCGACGAAUUGUGCGCUAGGCAAAUGUAAACAAAUUCAGGAAAAUGCAUUAUAGCACCGGUUUGUUAUUGUCGAAUUGACUUGUGUAUUCGUGGGAUAUUCAACAGUUAGCUUUAAAUUUUUGAUUUUUUAUAUUCCUAACGCGUUAAAAUGGCAGAACACGAAAGUUUGGAGUUCGGAAAGGCGGACUUUGUUCUUCUGGACAAUGUAUCUUUGGAAGAGUUUAUGGCCAACCUAAAACUCAGGUUUGAAAAGGGUCGUAUCUACACCUACAUCGGAGAAGUGGUGGUGUCUGUUAACCCUUACCGUGCCAUGAACAUUUACGGGCGGGACACCAUCGAGCAGUACAAAGGCAGAGAGUUGUACGAGCGACCGCCACAUCUUUUCGCCAUCGCAGAUGCUGCGUACAAAGCCAUGAAGAGGAGGAACAAAGACACUUGCAUUGUUAUCUCAGGGGAGAGCGGAGCUGGAAAAACAGAGGCUAGUAAAUACAUUAUGCAAUAUAUCGCUGCUAUCACCAAUCCCAGCCAAAGAGCAGAGGUAGAGAGGGUGAAAAACAUGCUGCUGAAGUCCAACUGUGUCCUGGAGGCUUUUGGGAAUGCCAAGACCAACCGUAAUGAUAACUCCAGCCGGUUCGGCAAGUACAUGGAUAUCAACUUUGAUUUUAAGGGAGACCCCAUUGGUGGCCAUAUCAACAACUACCUGCUUGAGAAGUCCCGAGUCAUUUUUCAGCAGGAAGGAGAGAGGAGUUUCCACUCUUUCUACCAGCUGGUGAAAGGAGCUCCAGAUGCUCAGCUGCGGUCACUGCACAUUCAAAGAGAUCCCACAGCAUACACUUACAUUAAAGUCGGAGGCCAGAUAAAGUCGUCUAUAAAUGACAGUGCUGAAUAUAAAGCUGUUGCUGAUGCCAUGAAGGUCAUUGGCUUCACUGUAGAGGAGAUUCAGACAGUCUACAAGAUCCAGGCUACCAUCUUGCAUCUGGGAAAUCUGAAGUUUGGAAGUGAUGGAGAUGUGACUCUCAUUGAGAACUCUAAGCUAGUGUCUGUGCUGGGGGAUUUGCUGUCCACCAAAGAGGAGAAUGUAGAGAAGGCUCUGCUCUAUCGCACUGUGGCCACUGGGCGUGAUGUGAUUGACAAACAGCAUACUCAUCAAGAGGCCAGUUAUGGUCGUGAUGCCUUGGCCAAGGCCAUUUAUGAGCGGCUUUUCUGUUGGAUUGUGGGAAGAAUCAAUGACGUCAUUGAGGUGAAAAACUAUGACGCCAAGGUUCAUGGGAAGAACACAGUCAUUGGAGUCCUGGACAUCUAUGGCUUUGAGAUCUUUCAGAAUAACAGCUUCGAGCAGUUCUGUAUAAACUACUGUAAUGAAAAACUACAGCAGCUCUUCAUUCAACUGGUGUUGAAACAAGAGCAGGAAGAGUAUCAGCGUGAGGGCAUCCCCUGGAAACAUAUCGACUAUUUUAACAAUCAGAUCAUCGUGGAUCUGGUGGAGCAGCAGCAUAAAGGCAUUUUUGCGGUCCUGGAUGAGGCGUGCAUGAAUGUGGGGAAGGUGACGGAUGAGAUGUUCCUGCAGGCUCUCAAUGGAAAACUGGCAAAACAUGCCCACUACACUAGCCGCAAGCUUUCCCCCACAGACAAAAACCUGGAGUUUGACCGAGACUUCCGCAUUCGUCAUUAUGCUGGAGAUGUGGCUUACUCCGUUGUGGGCUUCAUUGACAAGAACAAGGACACCUUGUUUCAGGACUUCAAGAGGUUACUUUACAACAGCUCAAAUCCCGUGCUGAAGGCCAUGUGGCCAGAGGGCAAGCUGAGCAUCACAGAGGUCACCAAACGACCCCUGACUGCUGCGACACUCUUCAAAAACUCCAUGAUCUCUCUGGUGGAGAACCUGGCCAGCAAGGAGCCCUACUAUGUGCGUUGCAUAAAGCCAAAUGAUGUGAAGUCACCGCUGCUGUUUGAGCAUGAACGCUGCAAGCAUCAAGUGGAGUAUCUUGGCCUCCUGGAGAAUGUCCGGGUACGACGAGCUGGUUUUGCUAACCGACAAACCUACCCACGGUUCCUUCAGAGGUAUAAGAUGAUCUCAGAGUUCACCUGGCCCAAUCAUGACCUGCCAUCCGAUAAGGAGGCAGUGAAACGUCUACUGCAGGGCUGUGGGUUCGAACACGAUGUGGCCUACGGCAAGACCAAAGUUUUCAUCCGUACUCCCCGAACCAUCUUCAGCCUGGAGGAGCAGAGAGCAGAGAUGGUGAAGAGGAUCGUCCUGUUUCUGCAGAAGGUGUGGCGUGGGACACUGGCCAGAAUGCGAUACCGCCGCAUGCGUGCCGCUCUUAUCAUCAUUCGAGCAUACAGACGAUACAAGGUUAAGUCAUAUAUCCGAGAGGUUAACCGCCGCUUCAAAAACGUCCGUGGCAUGAAGGAUCAUGGCAAACACGUGAAGUGGCCCACACCGCCCAAGGUCUUGCGGAAGUUUGAGGAGGCGCUGAGGAACAUCUACAACAGAUGGUGGGCCUGGACUCUCAUUAAAAACCUGUCUCCAGAGGAGAUGGUGCAGGUCAGGGCUAAAGUGGCCACAUUAGAGUGCCUGAAGGGGCAGAGAGCAGAUCUAGGACUGCAGAGAACCUGGGAGGGCAACUACCUGAAAAGGGACAGUCCUGGGACAGCGUCUUCCUUUACUCUGGUGUCCAGUGAUCUGCAGAGGAAAGAUAAGUUCAUGAGAAUCCUCUUCUCCUGCAAUGUCCGCAAAAUCAAUCGCUUCAAUAAAGCAGAAGACAGAGCGUUGCUCAUCACUGAUCGCCACCUCUACAAAAUGGACCCUGUCAAGCUGUACAAGCCCAUGAAGAGCAUCCCACUCUAUAAUGUGACUGGAGUGAGUGUUUCCCCUGGGAAGGACCAGCUGGUCGUCUUCCACACCAAAGACAACCGGGACCUAAUCGUGUGCCUGCAAGGCAUGGUGCCAGCGGGGGACAGCCGCAUCGGAGAGCUGGUGGGGACCCUGCUCAGCCACUUCAAAAGUGAGAAGAGGAAGCUACAGGUGAACAUUGUCAGCCCCAUUCACUGCAGUAUGAAUGGGAGGAAGUGCACCAUCAUCGUGGAAACCAAGAUCAACCAAUCACAGCCAGACUUCACCAAGAGCCGAUCGGGAUACAUUCUCUCAGUGCCAGGCAACUAGAGGACCGGGGAUCCAAAAAAGGCCCCUUUAACCGGACAUUGACAGCAGGGUAUCUAUUUUUUGCUAGUCAAAUCUUUUGAGUUGAACCUCAGAAAUGAAGCCAUACCAAAUUUGCCUGAAGACAGGCAAGGAAGAAUAUAAGUUUGUCCCUAAAUUCCAAACUUCAGUUUAGAUUAUUUACAAGAUGACAUGGAAGUAGUGAGAUAGACCCUCAAAGAAGAUUUACCAGACCCGGCUCUGUUUAUUUAUUAAACAUUACAACCAAAAUGAUGGGUAAUCAUAAAUGUAAUAUUUAUGAGGAACAGGAUACGAAGGGUUUUAAAAACAUCUAACUUGUGUUUUGAGGUCUUUCCUUAAAAGGGAAUAUGUUGGUUUUUGAUCAUCGCUUCAUGCGGGAUGAAGAAUAGCUCUGCUUGUGUCCCGACGUAUUGCACAGAUCAUAAGCAGUCCUGCGGUUGCUGCUGAAUUUGAUCGGAUGUUCUUGAGCGGGAUGUGUUGAUCAUAUCCUUAAACUCAUUAACUGCUCUGAGAGGAGCGUUAAACUCUCUCGUAAUUUAAACCAUUCUCUUUUUCUGCAUAUAGCUGGUCAUUUAUAGCACAUUGUAUAUUUGAUAUAGCUUAUAUAAUGUACUGUAUAUGCACUAUAUAUAUAAUGUAGGUAGGAGGAGAACUGUCAUUUAUUCACAUAUUUCACAUAUCUUGGAGUAGAAUCAGACGGGGCGGCACAGAGAAGGAAGUGAUGGUGACAAUGUUAUUUUCAAUUGCCAUUUUUUAAAUAAUAGACCCUGCCGCCAAUAGUGGUCCCUUUAGUCUGGCUUAUAGCAAAAAAAAAGUUAUUUCAACCAUUUCUGUACUGAUAAAGCCAUUUUGCUUCAAAUGUUUACAAAGCCAUUUUACAUGAGCCAAAAAUGCAUUUGUCACCAAAAACACAAGAUAAUAGUUGUUCAAUUAGGGUCCAUUUUUACUUUUCCAGUUAUAUCUAGUCAUAUUUCAAUAUAUUGUCAACAUCGCUUGAAAAACACAGCAAACAGCUGUGUUGAUAUUACGAACUUGCACAUUUGUGUAUAAAUGUGUUCAAAUGAGAGAGAAAGAGAGCAGUAUUGAUUCAUAGAACAAAAUCAACAGAGUUCUGAGUAGAAACUCCCAAGAUGUCUGACCCAGUUUGAAGCUUUCGCAACUGAUAAAGAAAGUGCCAAACUGAAAACUGACUUCUGUUCUUUAUUUCUAAGCGUUUGCAUAAAUCUGUUUUCCAUAAUUGUUUCAUUGUUUUGUUCAUGGCUAGUUGCUAGAGAUCUUUUUAUCAGUUAAUUAGGAUCGUGUCUCAUGGCCAAAAAUAUCACUAAGCUCACAUCAGUAGUGUCAGUGAUGUUCCACUGUGUGUGAUUAAAAUGGGGGAAGUGGAUUCGCUAGUGAGCCACUACUACUGAUGAGCAAGUGAUCGGCCGGGCUACAUGUGAAUGCCGAUCACGUAAUCUCCAUUUUGCUUUACUGCUUAUGUUUGCUUCAAACAGUGGCUCUCUUUAAAUUGCUUUUGCAUAGGAAGGAAUAUUUAUGUCUUGUCCAUCUCUCUCUCUCUCUCUCUCUCUCUCAACACUCUCUCAUCCUCUUCAUCAGUCCCUGUUCUCUCUCUUGACUCUUGAAGUGUGUCAGUAAAAGCAUGAAAACAGUACUUUAGGAAGAUAAACUCGGACACCUGUUUUUUAGCUCAAAGACAUGAACACAAUAAAUGGACUAACAG